AGAUUGAUCAGUUUGUGGAUGUGUCAAGCAGUUUCAAGAGAGUGAAAAUCUAAGGAAUUUUAACAUAUUUUGGUAAAAAAAUAUAGUGGAAAUGGCUUCUGUGGAAGAACUGCAGCGGAAGGUGCGUGAGUUGGAGGUGAAACUCGCUGCUGCUCAGGGUACAACAGGCCCCGUGAGGCAGAAAAUAGAUGUAAUGUCGUCUGAAGUAGUCGAUUCUAAUCCCUACAGUCGUUUGAUGGCUCUCAAGAGGAUGGGUAUAGUUGAUAAUUAUGAGAAGAUUCGUGAGCUUUCUGUGGCAGUAGUUGGUGUUGGUGGAGUGGGCAGUGUUACUGCUGAAAUGUUGACACGGUGUGGAAUUGGAAAGCUCAUCCUAUUUGACUAUGACAAAGUAGAAUUGGCUAAUAUGAAUAGGCUGUUUUUUCAACCACACCAAGCCGGUUUAAGUAAAGUGGAUGCAGCAGCUGCUACUCUGCAGAAUAUUAAUCCAGAUGUGACUAUAGAUGCAUACAACUACAAUAUUACUACUGUUGAAAACUUCCAAAAGUUUUGUGAUACUAUUAGAACUGGUAGUCUAACAGGAGGGUCAGUGGAUCUGGUUCUGAGUUGUGUAGAUAACUUUGAAGCACGAAUGGCCAUAAACACAGCUUGUAAUGAGCUCAAUCAAAAGUGGUUUGAAUCUGGUGUAAGUGAAAAUGCUGUGUCUGGACAUAUACAAUUUAUUGUACCCGGAGAAACUGCAUGUUUUGCUUGUGCACCACCUCUUGUAGUAGCAUCUAAGAUAGAUGAAAAGACACUGAAAAGGGAAGGAGUCUGUGCGGCCAGCUUGCCUACUACCAUGGGCAUUGUGGCUGGGUUUUUAGUUCAAAAUACAUUGAAGUACCUUCUAGGAUUUGGUACUGUUACUCAUUACUUAGGAUAUAGUGCAUUAACAGAUUUCUUCCCAACAAUGGGUUUGAAGCCCAAUCCUCAAUGUGAUGAUAAUUAUUGCCGUAUUCGACAAAAAGAGGUACAAGCUAGACCACCAGUAGUGGAGUUGGCUACUGAAGUUACAGAAGAUGAUUCACCUGUGCACGCAGACAAUGAAUGGGGUAUCAGUUUAGUUGACGAAAACGUACCCGAAGAAGAACCCACUAAUUUGAACCUCGUUGACGGUGUUCAGUUGGCGUAUAGUGUUCCCGUAGACAAUGAAACGCCAGAAUCGAGUACAGGUGGAGCUGUUGCUGCAUCUGAACUUUCACUGGAGGAACUCAUGAAGCAAAUGAAGUCUAUGUAAACAUAUCAGGCGAACAUAUAUAGACUGCCAUGCCAUAAAUGUUUUAAGUUCUAUUUUCUUGCAUUUU